CUAUCCACAAUAGACUGACAAAAAUCACUGUGCCUCAUCCUCUUCCUAACUUGUCUACACUGUCUCGUACUUGAUGGCCUUUGAGUCAUUCACACUGCAUGACAGGCACAGUUGUGUUUGCACAACGCAGGGUCGUCAUAUUGUUGUGGACUCAGUGCGCAAACUUUGAUCUAAAAAUACGUCUUCACGCCUAUUACAGAUCGUUACAGUGUGUAUUUCCGUGCUUCCGAUCGCAUGGUAACGUUAAACAGCGCGCUGGUGUGGUGCUAAUUGGACAGAUACAACUUUAUAUGGUUCGAGUUUGAGUCGGCGCCCCGGGUCGCAGGUAUGUGUUGGCAGUAGUCGUGAAGACGUAGGCAGAAAAUAACGUCGUUCCGAGAUGGCAGGACAGCAUCUUGCGAUCUUCCUAGUGCUUCUACCGGCAGCGUCCAUACAGACAACGGUUCAUCACUCUCACGACUGCCCGGAUGUUGACCCGACCUUGACCCCGUGGAGCCCUGGUCAUGACGUCACUGCGCAGGUGGUUGUGGGACGGGGACAAAAUUACCUGCUCCAGUCGUCCGCGACUUUUCACUCUCUAGAAAUAAGAGAUGGGGGAAAGCUUGUAUUUGCUGACCUUGGUUCAUUACAUGACCGUGAGAUCAUCUUGAAAUCUCGCGAGAUUACCGUGGGCAGAGACGGCGAGUUUCACAUCGGAAGCGAGGCAUGCCGAUACCAGGGGCAGGCCACCGUGUCCCUGUACGGACGCUCGGACGAUCAGAAGAACACCAAACAGUUCCUGGUCAUGACUGGCGGGACACUGGAGAUCCACGGGAAACAGAAGUUGGCUUGGACGCAGCUUGCACAGACGGUGCCAGCCGGUGGGCUCCCAAGGGGGACGUACUACUACGACUCGACCAAUAGAUGGACACGAGGCAUCAAUGUUCGCGCCAUUGACGAAACUUCGGGAGCCGUUGUGGACCUGGCAGAUUUCGACACUUACGAAAGCGAGGAGGAGAGCCGACGUUUGGCGAACUUUAUCGACCGAAUCCCUCCGGGUAGAAUCGUAGCUCUAGCGGCAAACGACGAAGCGUCAAAAAAUCUGGAGGAAUCUGCUAAGAGCAAGAUUAGGGAGUUGGGUAGUGUUGAAGUGGACUCAUUGGGACAUAGAGACCCCUGGGCGUUUGUUGGUGUGAAGGGAAACCAAAGUUCUGCAGUUGAACAGAGGAUCCCUUACGUUGACACAAACAUGACCGGCACAGCUACAGCAUCAGCGAGGUUCCACAGCGUCUUCGGUUUGUUUGAAGUCGACGUCGCCAGCGAGUGGGUCGGAGGACGAGCGCGGUGUACGUUUUCGGUAAACGGAAGUGCGGGUGAAUACGUCAUCAAUUUGAAGGAUGAUGUCACUUCCUGGGAGCCCGGGGACCACAUCGUGCUAGCCAGCACGGACUACAACAUGGAGCAGGCGGAGGAGUUCGAGCUGAUGCCGUGUGGGGAGUGCUCCAACCACCAGGUCAAAAUCAACGGGAAAGCCAAGUACACACAUUUCGGGGAGGUGUCGGACGAAGUAGACAUGCGUGGGGAGGUGGGCCUGCUGACCAGGAACGUCAAGUUUCAAGGGGAGGUGGAAGACGAGUGUUACGGGAACAACUUCUGUCAGUUCUUUGACUAUGAUACUUAUGGAGGACAUCUUAAAAUUCUAAGCGGAUUCAAGAAUGUACACCUGUCCGGCAUCGAGUUCACUCGCAUGGGUCAGCAGGUGGUGGGCAGCUACCCUGUCCACUUCCACAUGGCCGGAGAUGUGGACGAGGUCGGAGGCUACAGCCGCCCAACGUACGUCCGAGAGCUGUCGAUUCACCACUGCUUCUCCCGCUGUGUCACGAUCCACGGCACCCACGGCCUGUUGGUUCAAGACACGGUAGGGUACGACACACUCGGCCACUGUUUCUUCCUGGAGGACGGAGUGGAGCAGCGGAACGUGCUGGACCACAACCUGGGCUUGGUGACGCGGGCGGGCACGCUGCUGCCCACCGACAGGGACGACAACAUGUGCCGGACCAUGAGGGACGGGGUCUACGGGGACUACGUGCCACUGCCCUACAGCGAUUGUCAGGCACUGUCGACGUUCUGGAUCGCUCAUCCGAACAAUGUGCUGAUAAACAACGCCGCUGCUGGGUCCCUGCAUGGUGGGAUCUGGUACAUUUUCCACCGGAAGCCGACAGGCCUGUCCGACGGUUCCGCGCCCAUGUACGAGUCCGAGCGAACCCCGCUCGGGAGGUUCUACAACAACAGGGUACACUCUAACGGAAUGCACGGCCUAAUGAUAGACGACGGUGUUAAGUACAGCCUACCAACAGCAAGUAACCCACAGGAAUACCUGGCAAGAUCGUAUGGACGGUACAAACCUCACCAGAACGCCGAUCUUCGACAGCCGCGGGUACCGGCCAUGAUAGAGGGACUCAUCUCCUUCAAGAACUGGUUGGAGGGGGCCUGGGUCCGGGGAGGGGACAUCUGGUUCAACAGAUGCGCUUUCGUGGACAACGGAAUUGGGCUCACCAUGGCAAGUGAAGGCACGUUUCCCAAUGAUGAAGGGUCGAGUCAGCAGGUGUGGAACAGUAUCUUCAUCGGGGAGAGUGAGAACGUGGGGAGUCCGGACGGAGCCCGGGUCUGGGGGAUGGGCGGCGUCAAACACACGGAGAGGAGCCUGCCGCAGUUCGCAGCCUUCCCAAUGCGAGGACUUGAUGUGUACGAUGGCCCGAUCUUGGCAGAGAGUUGUACCUUUAAGAAGUACGCCCAGGCGCCUCAGUACGACCGCUGGAGCAGCGCGAUCGGCUUCCACCGAUACAACGCCUGGCAGAACUCUCCAAGGAACAACGUCUCCAAAGCCAGGUUUGAAGACGUACAAGGCCGAGUGUUUGUAGGUGGGAGGGGACUGCCUGGGUUUGACACUGAGGAUUUGGACGGCGACAAGACCAACAUCGUACACGACUGGGACGGGAGCAUCACGGGAUACCCCGACACGUACAUAGUGGGACAGGAGAACUACCUGACCAGGAAUCCCGGAUGUGUGGAGAAACCGGAGUGGCACGCUCACGUCUGCAGCGGGAAUUAUGCACAGCUGUUCAUCCUAGCCCAGUGGCCUAACACCUUAGUCAUGUCCAUGGUUCGAGACGAGUACCCGGACCACCCCAUGACUUUCACCGGUCCCCUGAAGUACGACCCCCACUCGCACCAGCAGUACCAGCCUGUGGUGAUGCUAGAGAAGUCCUACACCAUCCACUGGGACGGACGGGCACCGGAGAGCCUCAGGAUUUACCCAAUCAACUUCGACAGGUAGCACAUUUGGUUUUAUUACUGCGUUCUUACACUGAGUUCUUUGUAUUUAUUUGUUUAUUUGUUUAUUAAAAUUCCCCACACAAGUGGAAGGUGCGGGGGAACAGGUGGUGACACCUUUGCUGGCCCUCGCCCCGACAUACAAAUACAAUAGAUAACGCAGAUAAGAUUGAUACAAAACGACAUUAACAAUCGAUCAGACUAACGAGCCCUUAAGUCCUGGCAGGAGACGCACUUACAUGCAGUAGACCAGGUAC